CCCGCGGGUAGUGGAGCCCGUUUGUUCCGCCCGCGUCGCGCCUCAAGCCGGAGCCUGUGAGGAGCGGAAGGGCCGAGGGACGUCUUCCCCGCGCCGCCCCGACGCCAGCGGAGCCGUGGCCCCCUCCCCGCCCUCGCGCUGAGCUACAGAUCAUCUCAAGAAUUGUGGGUACCGAUGGAUGUGGCCGAGAGCCCUGAACGGGACCCUCGCUCUCCAGAGGACGAAGAGGAGGAACAGCAGAGGCUCUCGGACGAUGACAUUCUGAGGGAGAGCGGGUCUGAUCAGGACUUUGGCGGAGCUGGGGGGAGGGGUUCCGAUCUGGAGGAUGAAGACCACGCCGCCCCGGGACUGAGCCAGGAGGAGGAGGAGGAGAGUCACUCUGACGAGGAGGACCAGGACCCAAGCAGAGGCCCCGCGAGCCCCCCUCGCGGGGAGGAAGAGCGCGCGAGCGACCUGAGGGACGAGGCCUCGUCGGUCACCAGGGACCUGGACGAGCAUGAGUUAGACUACGACGAGGAGGUCCCCGAGGAGCCGGCCCCUGCCGGGCAGGAAGACGAGGCUGAGAAGGCUGGCGCUGAGGAUGACGAGGAGAAGGGGGACGGGGCUCCUGGGGAGGAGGGGGCCGCGGGUGCUCACGGCCUGGAAGACAAGGAGCCCCUGGAGACCGCCAAGGAGAAGAGCAAGGAGGACGAUGACGGGGAGCUGGACGACGGGGAGCUGGAUGAUGACGAUCUGGAGGAGGGCGAAGUAAAGGACCCCAGUGACAGGAAGGUGAGGCCGCGUCCCACCUGCCGAUUCUUCAUGAAAGAUGUUGGGACAGCGUUGUCCACUCCUCUUCCACCAAUAUCACAUUCCAUACCACUCAGAGGCCAGGUUAAAGGGAACUGCACGUGGGGAAUGAACUGUAGGUUUAUACACCCCGGAGUCAACGACAAGGGCAACUAUUCCUUAAUCACCAAAGCCGAACCUUUCCCGCCUAAUGGUGCCCCACCUCUUGGACCUCACCCGCUGAUGCCUGCCAACCCCUGGGGUGGGCCCGUAGUUGAUGAAAUUUUGCCUCCACCCCCUCCAGAGCCCCCCACGGAGAGUGCCUGGGAACGAGGACUCCGGCACGCGAAGGAGGUUUUAAAAAAAGCAACCAUUCGAAAAGAACAGGAGCCCGAUUUUGAAGAGAAAAGGUUUACGGUGACCAUCGGCGAAGACGAACGGGAGUUUGACAAGGAAAAUGAAGUUUUCCGGGAUUGGAAUUACCGCAUCACGAGGGAUGUCCGAGAGACAGCACUGGAGCCGUAUGCAGAUCCGUACUACGACUAUGAAAGUGAGCGCUUCUGGCGCGGCGGGCAGUACGAGAACUUCCGGGUGCAGUACACGGAGACGGAGCCGUACCCCAAUUACCGGGACCGGGAGCGCGAGCGCGAGCGCGAGAACCGGCAGCGGGAGCGCGAGCGGGAGCGCGAGCGGGACCGCGAGCGGGAGCGCCGGCAGCGGGAGCGCGAGCGCGAGCGGGAGCGGGAGCGCGACAAGGAGCGGCAGCGGAGGAAGGAGGAGUGGGAGAGAGAGCGAGCCAAGCGCGACGAGAAGGAUCGCCAGCACCGAGACCGCGACCGCGAGAAGGAGCGCGAGAAGGAGAAGGAGAAGCCGAAGCCCCGCUCCCCGCAGCCGCCCAGCCGUCAAACUGAGCCACCAAAGAAGGAGGCCACCGCUGCCGGCCCGCAGGUGAAGCGAGCAGACGAGUGGAAGGACCCCUGGCGUCGGUCCAAGUCUCCCAAGAAGAAACUCGGGGUGUCCGUCUCCCCCAGCCGGGCACGAAGGCGUCGGAAAACAUCCGCCUCGUCGGCCUCUGCCUCCAAUUCCUCCAGGUCCUCGUCGCGGUCGUCCUCUUACUCCGGCUCCGGGUCGUCCCGGUCGCGCUCCCGAUCCUCCUCCUACAGCUCCUACUCCAGCCGGUCUUCCAGACACAGCUCGUUCUCAGGCAGCCGCUCCAGGUCCCGGUCCUUUUCCUCGUCCCCGUCCCCGUCCCCAACGCCUUCCCCACACAGACCUUCCGUCAGAACCAAGGGGGAGCCGGCCCCGCCUCCCGGGAAAGCAGGAGAGAAGUCCGUGAAGAAGCCAGCCCCUCCUCCAGCCCCACCACAGGCCCCUAAGACCACCGCUCCGGCCCCCGAGCCCGCCAAGCCAGGAGACCCUCGGGAAGCCAGGAGGAGAGAGCGGCCGGCUAGGAGCCCCCCCAGGAGGCGGACCAUCAGCGGCAGCGGCAGCGGCAGCAGCUACAGCGGGUCUACUUCCAGAUCCAGGUCCCUGAGCGUGAGCAGCGUCUCCUCGGUGUCCAGCGCCACGUCGAGUAGCAGCUCGGUGCACAGUGUGGACUCAGACGACAUGUACGCAGACCUGGCCAGCCCCGUGUCCUCAGCCAGUUCGCGGUCCCCCACCCCAGCCCAGACCAAGAAGGAGAAAGGAAAGUCUAAGAAGGAAGACGGGGUUAAAGAGGACAAGCGGAAAAGGGACUCCUCAGCACAGCUGCCCAAAUCCUCGAAGCCUUCUGCAGGUGGGAAACCCCCGCAGCCCGCGGCCCCCCAGCAGGCGCCCCCCGGGCAGCCCCAGCAGGGCUCAUUCGUCGCCCACAAGGAGAUCAAGCUGACGCUGCUGAACAAGGCGGCUGACAAAGGGAGCCGGAAGCGGUAUGAACCCUCGGACAAAGACAGGCAAAGUCCUCCUCCGGCCAAGCGUGCUAACUUGUCCCCAGACCGAGGUUCUCGGGACCGCAAGUCAGGUGGAAGACUCGGCUCCCCGAAGCCAGAGCGGCAGAGAGGCCAGAAUUCUAAGGCACCCGUGGCCCCCCCUGACAGGAAGCGCCAGCUGUCACCCCAGUCCAAGAGCUCCAGUAAGGUCACGAGCGUGCCCGGCAAAGCCUCAGACGCCGGCACUGCCACCGCUGUCUCCACCGGCACCAAAUCAGGGAAGGCCAGCACGCUGUCGCGGCGCGAGGAGCUCCUGAAACAGCUCAAAGCCGUGGAGGACGCCAUCGCUCGCAAGCGGGCCAAGAUCCCCGGGAAGGUGUAGGGGCCCCGCGGGCUCGGCCCUCGGCCCCCCGCCCCCCGCCAGAGUUAGAGACUCUCGUGUUUUUAUAAAUAGGGUAAGCACAGCCUUCUCGGAUUUUGAAGUUAACGUCUAAUUUUGGCUGUGAUUCUUUUUAAAAAUUAAAAAAGAAAAAAAAAGUUUCUCAGCUGGAAAAGAAGCCACACACACGUAACGAAGAUGAUGCCGAAUCCCGGUCUCCUCCCCAGCAGACCAGACCGAACCAGCCCCAGCCCAGAGCAGAAGUCCCGAGAGACAGGCAGGCAGGCCGGCCGGCGGGGGCAGGAACAAGGACGCGGCAUCAGUUUUAUGUAAAUUAUAAGUCCCAGGCGCCCAGUUCCGCCUGCCCGGGUCUUCCCUGCCCUCUGCCAGCCAGCCUGCCCUGGGCCGGUCCUCUGCCUGCGCUCCUUCCUGCCCCGGGGUCCCGGGAGCACCUGCUCCUUACCGGCCUCCUCCCCACCCCACCGCCCCCGGGGUCAGAAAAUAGAUAUAUAUUCUUGACUGAAGUCCGAUUGGAAAAUAUUUCCUGUCUUUUAUUUUAAGCAUCAGAUUGUUUUAGUUGAUUUAAAAAGGAAAAAAAAAAUAUAGAAAAGACCAAAAAAAAAAAAAAAAAAAAGACCGAGGGUGUUGUUGGGCGUCUGUCUAAUGUGGAGGGUCUUUUUUUGAGGGGUCUCCUAAAAUAAAGUAUUUUGAUAAGCA